AUGGAAGAUGUUGAAAAUUAUAGUGAAGAUGUUUAUGACAUCAAAUCAUUAAAAAAAUAUAUUUUUAGUCCUAUGUACUUUUUUUCUCAAAAAAUUGGCAUUCCACAACUUGAAUAUAAUGAUAAUUCAAAUAAUAAAAUUAACAAAAUUUUAUUUCCCCUUUCUCUCAUUCCGUUAAUUGGUGCUUUUAUCUAUCAUAUUAUACUAAGCAAAAGUUAUACAUUUUUGACUUUAAAAAGUCUAGAAAAUUCAUUAAUUAAUUUAUCUUUUAUUCAUGCAAUUGUAGCUAUUAUUUUUUAUAACAAUUUAAAAAAUACCAAAUUCUAUUUUAAUUUUAUUAAGUAUUUUAAAGAAUAUAAAGAAAUUCAAUUUUCAUCAUCACAUAAAUUACAAAGAAAUUAUAAAAAAGCUAAAAUUAAAAUUUUUAUCUUUUGGUUUUUAGUUUUUACAACUUUUUUGUAUGACUCAACAAUAAAUUUUAUUAAUUAUGAUAAGAAUUUAAAUAAUCAAUUAAAUUACAAAUUAUCCAUGUUUUAUGGAAAAUCAACAUACAUUUUUGAUAUAUUACUACUUCUGUAUUCUAAAAUAGUUAUUGUUAUUUCCGCUUCAAUUUACUCUGGUAUUUAUGGGAUUCUUUAUUAUGAAACAGAAGUUUUUAACAAUGAAACUCAACAUGUUAUAGAAAAAACAUUUUCAACAAAUUUUUCUGAUAAACUUGAUUUAAUAUCAUUAAAACAUUCUAAAUUAUAUAAAUUAAUAACAUUUUCACAUCAAAUAAUUGGAAAAUAUACUGAUUUUGCUAUUUUUAAUUGUACAACAAUGAUUAUUUUUGGUAUAUCUGUUUAUAGAUAUUAUUCUUCAACUUUAUCAAAUAUUUUUAUUACAAUACAAUAUAUUUUACCUAUAAUUUGUAUAAUAUAUCUUGAAAUUAUUAUUCUCCUACCAAUAUGUUUAAUGGAAAAAAAUCUUCAAAAUAUAAAAAAUAAUAUUAUUAAUACUUCACAAAUAUGGGAAACUAAACAUUCACUAUUACAUGGAACAGCAUUAUCAAUUGUAACAAGAUGUGAUCAUUGUGACUAUCAUGGUUUACUUAUUGGUUUAAUACCAUUUAAUGAUAAAACAAUUCCAAUUUUACUUUUAAUUAUUGUAAUUUUAUCUUCAUUACUUGGAAAACAAUUUGAUGAAGAAGUUUCAGCAGAAGGAAAAGUAGCUGUUGUUACGGGAGCUUCUAGUGGUAUUGGAAAAUGUAUUGCUGAAGAUUUAAAUAAAAGAGGUGCUAAAGUUUAUAUGGUAUGUAGAAAUAAAGAAAAAGCUGAUAAAGUAGUAGAAGAAUUAUCUAAUAAUGGUUGUGAUAAGUCUAGGUUACGUGUCAGAAUUGCUGAUAUGACUGACUUAGAAAGUGUUCGAAGAUUCGCACAUAUGUUUAGAGAUGAGGAACCAACACUUGAUAUUUUAAUAAAUAAUGCUGGUGUUCUUGGAGAUGGAAGUUUUGUAUUGACAAAAGAUGGUCAUGAGUUAAUAUGGCAAGCUAAUUAUUUAGGUCAUUUUAUGUUAACUGAAUUACUUAUUUCACAACUAAGACAUGCAAGAAAUGGAGCAAGAAUUGUUAAUGUUUCAUCAAUGUUAUAUAAAAAUUGUAAUAAAGACGAUAUUACAAAAGAGGUAAUUAAUGAUGAAAAAAAAUAUAGAUGUAUGAUUGCUUAUUCACGAUCAAAAGCUGCUCAAGUAAUGCAUGCAAGAUAUUUAUCAAAAAUACUUGCUGAACAAGAUAUUCAUAAUAUUACUAUUAAUGCUGUUCAUCCAGGAGCUGUUCAUACAAAUAUUACUCAUACAUCCAUAUUUAGUAGUCCACUUAUACAAAUAUUUUUUGCCCCAAUAUUUUGGAUAUUUUUUAAAACAGAAAAAGAUGGUGCAAUGUGUCCAUUAUUUGCAGCAUUGUCUGAAAGUUUAAAUGGUGUAACUGGAAAAUAUUUUUCAGAAUGUAAAGAAGAAACAUUAACACCAUUAGUAUUAGAUGAUGAAGCAUGUAAAGAUUUAGUUCCACAAAAUACCAAUAUUUCUUUUUUACUAACAUAUCACAAAAAUAUUAUCAAUAUUUCACCAAAUAAUUUUACACUAACACCUGAAGAUAAUAUUAAAUUAAUAAAAGUUGAAGGAAUUAAUCUUAAAAGUAUAAGUUAUGUUAAUGUAACAGUUUUUCAAAAUAAUUCUACAAAUAAUGAUUCUGGUAAAAUUAUUAAUGAAUCAUUUCUUCGUAUUAGAAUAUUCCAAUCAUCUACGAUUGAAACAUUAGUUAUUGUAAGUGGAUGGAUUUAUUUUGCUAUGUGGAGUUUUUCAUUUUAUCCACAAGUUUUUCUUAAUUUUAAACGUAAAUCUGUUAUUGGUUUAAAUUUUGAUUUUCUACUUAUAAAUAUUAUUGGAUUUAUCUGUUAUGCAAUAUAUAAUAUAUUUAUGUUUUGGCAUCCUAUAAUUGAGGAACAAUAUCAACAAAAAUAUGAAAGAAGUCUUAAUCCUGUACUUUUAAAUGAUGUCAUAUUUUCUAUACAUGCUCUUUUUAUUAGUACAGUAGUUAUUAUUCAAUGUUUUUUCUUCGAAUCAGGCAAACAAAAAAUAUCUUAUACUUGUUAUGUUUUUAGUUCAAUUUUAAUUAUAACAGGAAUUACUUCAAUAUAUUUACCCUUAAAUAAUAUAAUUAAUUGGUUAGAAUAUUUAAACAUUUUAUCAUAUAUAAAAAUGGCAACAACAUUAUCAAAAUAUAUUCCACAAAUAUUAUCCAAUUACAAAAGAAAAUCAGUAAAAGGGUGGUCUGUAGGUGUUGUAGUUUGUGAUUUUGCUGGAGGUUUAAUGGCAAAUAUUCAAAUGAUUCUUCAAGCAAUAAAUACUAAUGAUUGGACAGGUUUUCUAGGUAAUCCAGUGAAAUUUGGUCUUGGAUUUUCUUCAAUGCUUUUUGAUAUUGUUUUUUUAAUACAAAACUUUUAUUUAUAUCCUAAAAAAACUAUAAAAAAUAUUGAAGAUCUUUAUUAUACUACUGAAAUAAAUGAACCAGAUACUGCUGAAUCAAGUUUAGCUUCUUCAAUAGCUUCUAAUUUAACAUUUAAAUUGUAA